UGGCGGCUUACAUGUGCCGAUUUUGUAAUCAAGCUAAUUUCCUAAGACAAAGCGCAAAAACRARGAUUUUACGGUAYACCUUUGCGUCAAAUAGCUAUAGAAACUAUACCACUCAUCAAAAAGYUAAGAAAUUCAAAAAUUACUGGACAUAUAUAGGUUUAUUUACCGCCGGGGCAUUCGGCUAUGGACUUUACAAGUUUUCUCCGUACAAUUUCAACACAAUUCGAAUUAAAAUUCCUUGUCUUGARGCAAGRACUAUAGAGAAUGAUAAUCUACCGCCUUCCAAAAGGUUCAACUUCAUAGCUGAUGCUGUAGAAGCGGUUGAACCAGCAGUUGUUUAUAUUGAAGUCACUGACGGCCGAGUUGCGGGAUUUUGGGGUCGUCACGCCGGACCUACAAGUUCUGGUUCGGGAUUUUUCGUCACUGAAGAAGGGYUAGUUCUCACGAACGCUCAUGUGGURGCAAAUGCWGUUGAUGUGACUGUUAAGUUGAGAGAUGGACGUCAAUUUAAGGGARUUGUUGUGGACAUUGAYCUUGUGAAGGAUUUGGCUGCCAUUAAACUGAAUGCACCUCAGGGAUCCAAAUUCCCAACCAUCCAAUUGGGUUCAUCUUCGUCCAUAAGGCCUGGUGAAUGGGUUAUUGCUAUGGGAAGUCCWUUAACACUUAGUAAUACCAUCACAGCUGGGAUAGUUAGCACUGUACAUAGAGGAGGCAAGGAGCUAGGCUUACAUAACAGCGACAUGGAGUAUAUACAGACAGAUGCAGCAAUUAAUGUUGGCAACUCGGGAGGUCCAUUAGUUAACUUGGAUGGUGAAGUAAUUGGUAUUAGUGCCAUCACUGUCAAGUUUGCUGCAGGGAUAUCAUUUGCAAUCCCUAUCGAUGCUGUUAAAGAAUUCUUAGAAGGAGCAAAGAACAAGAAAAGCUUCAUCAGAAGUGGCCCUCAUCAAAGAAUUCUGAGUCCAAGCCAACGUUGGUACAUAGGWAUYACSAUGCUAACACUCUCRCCACAAAUACUGGAAGAGCUUCAAAGAAGAGAUUCUAAUUUUGAUAACCUCAGCGGAGGAGUUUUAGUGGCAGGUGUCAAUCAUAGAUCUCCUGCUCAUGUAGCUGGCCUUAGAUCUGGAGAUGUCAUCACACAAAUUAAUGGAAGCAAAAUUUCAUCCUCUCAAGAGAUCUUUGAGUUUGUCAAGAAAGGAGUACCCCUCAARAUGGAUGUACAAAGAGGAAGCAAAAUAGUGUCAUUGACUGUGGAACCUCAAGUUGUAGGAUAGUAACUCUUCAACUCAGACAGAAUCCUGAUUUUACAAUCUCUCUUUGAUAGACAGGUUUUCAUACCAUGAAAAUAUACACUUUAGAGAUCCAUUAGAAUUUUGAGGGGGGUGGGGUUGAAGAUUUUGAAGUAAAGAUCCUGCACAGGCCAAAGGGCUGAAAAAAAAAUUCCUGCAUUAAAGCUUUUUGUAAAUUUACAAGAAAUUUAGUUAACAAAAAAACCUAAGUCCAUACUAGUAAAAAAAAAUAUUGCACAGACAAAAUCUAACCCCCACCCCCUUAAAAUUCUCUUUUGGAACAAUUUUCUCUGUCUUACUGAUGAACCACACUUUGACUAUUACACUUCCUUUUCAUGUGUUAAUGAAAGCCACUCUCGAAGUACUUGGUUGGCUAUCUUUCAAAAUAAAAAAACGAGAACUGUAUAUUUUAAUAUACAGUUCAAUACUUAAAAGUAUUAACCUUGGCCAGAUAUAGCCUCCUUCUCAAGCAAAUCUUUUUUCCCUCUUUGGGCUACCUUUGUAAUGGUCAUAUUCAAGACUUUCCAYAGGCAGGUUCAGUGACCACAAACAAAGAAUUGAACAGAGGCAUCAAGUUACAGUGAACAUUAAAAAAAAUAUAUCUGUGAUCAGUGUUCCUUGACGCCUCGGCUCAAUGCUUUGUUUGUGGUCACUGAACCUGCGUAUGGAAAGUCGUGAAUUUACAGUUCAGGAAUAUUGGCAUACUCUUCUUUGUUUGCUCYCAAUCCCCCUCUUCUGCCUCCCAGUAAAAGACAGGAAGCCCAUGACCUAUGAGUGAGGUUAGGUCAGAGAGAUUCAAUAAUUACUUUUAGAAUACAUGUUCCAUGAACACAUUUUGAGAAAAUAAAGUUUUUAUUCAGUGUUUUUA